UUUUCGCGUGUUUUGUUCCCCGCCCCGUUUGCUUUUUUCCUUCCACCUGUCGCUGUAAAUCGUGCAAAACAUUGAACAGCACCGGAAAACCGCCGUUCAUACGAUUUUCCGGCGGGUCCGCGUCAUCAAAAGUGUGAAUUGUGGUGAGUUAAUGUGUGUGGUGGACUGUACACCCCUCGCUUAUCGCUGGCGUGAAAAAGUGUGAAAAAGGUUCGAGUAUUGUGACAAGUGGCGGUGACGCGAAAAUCCCCCCCCUUCGUCCACACUUAAAAGUGACGAAACACAAGGUGAUUGUGAUAUUGUGAUAUUGUACACAACAGCACACCUCCCGAUCACGACGGUAACGAUCAAAGGAGGUGGCGAGACUGUAUCGGCGCCGAUAGCAAGGAGCCAGGAAGUAUCAAUCAACAUCAAGGCACCCCCCAGGAUAGGUGGAGCACCGUCCAAAGGCACAAUCGGCCACAAGAUGCCAGACUUUUACAAAACCGAGAUCAACAAAACGGAAUGGGAAGUUCCGGAAAAGUACCAGAUGCUGACGCCGGUCGGUAGCGGCGCUUACGGGCAGGUUUGCUCGGCGAUGGACACGGAACACAGGGUGAAGGUGGCCAUCAAGAAGCUGGCCCGCCCGUUCCAGUCGGCCGUGCACGCCAAGCGCACCUACCGCGAGCUGCGCAUGCUGAAGCACAUGAACCACGAGAACAUCAUCGGCCUGCUGGACGUGUUCCAUCCCGGCGACAAAACGCUCGAGUCGUUCCAGCAGGUCUACCUGGUCACGCACCUGAUGGGCGCGGACCUGAACAACAUCAUCCGCACCCAGCGCCUCUCGGACGAGCACGUCCAGUUUCUCGUCUACCAGAUCCUGCGCGGCCUCAAGUACAUCCACAGUGCCGGCAUUAUCCACCGGGAUCUGAAGCCGUCCAACAUCGCGGUGAACGAGGACUGCGAGCUGAAGAUACUGGACUUCGGGCUGGCCCGGCCGACCGAGAACGAAAUGACCGGCUACGUCGCGACCCGCUGGUACCGGGCGCCCGAAAUCAUGCUCAACUGGAUGCACUACAACCAAACCGUCGACAUCUGGUCGGUCGGCUGCAUCAUGGCGGAGCUGCUGACCAGCCGGACACUCUUCCCCGGCACCGACCACAUUCAUCAGCUAAACCUUAUCAUGGAGAUACUCGGCACACCGAACGAUGAGUUCAUGGCGAAAAUCUCCUCGGAAAGUGCCCGCCACUACAUCCGCUCCCUGCCGAGAACGGAGAAGCGGAACUUCAGUGACGUGUUUCGUGGCGCUAAUCCGCUGGCCAUCGAUUUGUUGGAGAAAAUGCUCGAGCUGGACGCGGACAAGCGGAUAACGGCGGAACAGGCCUUGGCCCAUCCGUACCUGGAAAAAUAUGCCGAUCCUUCCGACGAACCGACCUCGUCGUUGUACGAUCAGAGCUUCGAGGACAUGGAUCUACCGGUCGAGCGGUGGAAGGAACUCGUCUUCGAGGAAGUGGUCAGUUUCGUCCCACAGCAGCACGCACACAUUGGCGGUGAGCAGCAGUCGUAAACUACGCGUAAAGGUGGUGUUGAGUUGUGUCCACCGAUUUCCUCAACGCUGUGUUUCCUAUUGCUGCGCGGGAAAACUUGGACCAUCGAACGGAAAGCGUCCUUGCAUGGAUGGCAACAAGCUGAUUCCAUGAUGCUGAUUGUUCCCCAUCGGAACACGGAAACGAUGUGGUGCAUCUCCUGGUGCAACACGGAAAAAUCCCCGGAGCAGAACGAUAGGCCUAGGGGGGAGAAGCAUUGAUUAUGAGUGAGCUUGGCAUAUAGAUGGAAAUUAAUGUUUAGGGGUUUGUUUAUUAGUUUUGGGGCGGUAAAAGCGUAGCACAGGUUAUUCUAAUUAUUAUAUUACGUUUUUCGUAGCCGGUAAUGAGUUGUUGAACGCCAUUCGGAGACUGUGGAGCGAAUAGAAUGCGAGCGGACCUAUUUGACGCCGGUCGCUUUCGGCUGUAAGCGGGCAGUGGACGUACACACAGAUAAAGUAAAAUAAAGCUAUUAACACCAACCAGUGAACAGAACAACAAAACACCACGCUCUAGCACACAAGAGGGACAGGCCACAGGGCAAUAGAUUUAAUCCGGAGCAUAGAGUCAAAAGGCAGCGCACGCUUUAGUGGGGAGUGGAAGAUACAGAGUAACGCUUUUUCAAAACGUCUACAUAAACCACACAGUAGCCUCAAAUAAUAUUAAAAAACACUCGCGUUAAAAUUCAUUAUUGUAAGUAAUAUGUUCCCGAUGGAAGCUUUCUUCCACCGGGCAGUAAAGAAAUUAACACCAUUUGAUACGAAUAAAGUACUUGUGACAAACGUAA